AGAACGAGGAACUGAAAACUGACGACGAGUCCAGCGAACGAAAUGAGAGUAUGUGUUAUUACAGUUAGUGAUACGUGCUCAGCUGGAACUCGAACUGAUGAAAGUGGUCCGAAACUCGUGGAACUGGUCGACACGUCAGCAGUGGUCAAUGCAACAGUCAAUGAGGGAAGCCCCUUCGUCGUUCCAGAUGAUGUUACUGCUAUCCAUGAUGCUCUUGUUGAGCAGAGCAAGUUUGCUGAUGUGAUCCUUACCACUGGUGGAACCGGAUUCGCUCCGAGAGAUGUGACUCCAGAAGCCACUCUGAAGGUCAUUGAUCGUCGUUGUUCCGGACUCGAAAUCGCUUUGCACACUGCUUCACUCAAGAUCACUUCAAUGGCAGCACUUUCGAGAGCUAUUGUUGGUAUUCGUGGAGGCACGCUGAUUGUCAACAUGCCAGGAAGCGUGAAAGCAGUUAAAGAAUGCUGGGAUACCCUGGAGCCACUUCUCAAUCAUGGAAUCAAUUUACUCAAGAACACUGACGAUGGCAGCCAACACGCCCGCAUGAAAUAAACCAACUGUGAUAUGAUUUUCUAUUUAUUACAUUGCUAAAACACAUUUCUUACAUAUAAAUUUUUGAGAGCUA